GGAUCCGUAAGACAAAGACCUGACCUCUGAAUUGAGGGUUUAUUUCAGGCCAGUGUUGAACUGGUACACGACAGGGGUGGUGAUGAGAACCAACCAACAUUGCUUUUCCCAGUCUUCAAGGCAAGCUGGUCCUGCAAAGUUCCUACCGAUGGUCUUGACCACAGUGGACCAAGAGGGUAAAAUAGUGGUCACCAUCCACUGCAACAGCCAGGCCACGCCCAAGGCCAUGGUCACAUGGUCCAAAGGUACCGAGCUCUUAGCCAAUGGGUUGCAUUACCAGAUCAGCGUGGACACUGCGCAGCUCAGCAUCCAUGAUUUUAACACCAGCACCGCUCAGCUCUACACUUACACCUGUAACUGUAGCAACCCACUGGGCAUCAAUGGAAAAAAGACUGGGCUUUGUCAUCCAGAUGAGCGGACCAGACCUCCUAACUGUCACUAAAAAUGGCAGCCGAAGGAAAAGAGCCACAGAGGGAUUCCGGAGCAUUCAGCAGAGGCCCGGUUCCUCCCGGAGCACUGAUAUCUCUGUUCUGGAUCCCAAAUCCACAUUGCUGGCAGAACUCAGGGGGAACCAUCAGCAGUGCAGAGAAUUGGACCCGGUAUUUGAACUGACUUGGAUAAUUUUCCUAUUCAGAUCAGAUUUUUCGGGGGGUGCUAAUCUGUUAACAUAAAUGGAAACCUCUACACGAUACUGGAGGUCUGAGCAGACCACAGAUUACAGGCCUCGCUGUCGGGAGCCCCUGUGGCCUCUUCUUCCUCCUCCUCCUCAUCGGCCUCAUGUACCUCUGUGUCUACUGCUGCAGGAAGAAACAUAGGAGCACUACUCUCAAUCCCCUGAUCUCCCUUCCAUUUGUAUUAUCACAACCGGAAUCAGGUGGUUUUCACUAUAAAAUGGUGUUUCUGUUUCAUAGGUCAACAGAACAGAUAUUCCGUGCCCAGAGCAGUAGAGAAAGUAAUGUCAGUAACUGGGGAAAUGUGUUAUUGCACAAAUGUCAUGUUCCUACCAGUACUUUAGACCCCCCCACCUCCCCCUCCUUUCCCCCAUGCAGGUGGUGUCAACCCAACCAGACGUAAACACUCCCAACCACCUGCUGACUGGAGGAAUCAAACCCCUGCCCGAUUACAACAGAAUAACAUCACAGGCGAUGGUUGAGGUGUGGAAGGUGGCAACGUCGUGACCACUCUUGGGCAUGAGAAGCAGAAGAAGAUAGACGUCAAGGUCCCUUUAGUGUCAUUUCCUAGAGCAACGGUCAUCAGUGGGGAGACACGGACAGGACUACAGGAGGUAGACAGGAGGUGCAUCAGUCAUGAUAACGCUCAGAAAACAUGUGUUCCUCUGCUAUACACUACGAGUGGUGUGGUGUGUGUUGGUAGUGGCCGAGGAGUGGACCGUGACCAUUCCUAAUCAGAUAUCUGGCCUGAAGGGGUCUUGUAUCCUCAUCCCCUGUUCCUUCACACACCCCAGCACUUACAUCCCCACUAAUGUCACCUGGUACCAGUACUCCAAGCUGCCUGGUAAAUACCCAGUCGUCUUCAGCCGCACCAAACCAGGGGAUAUCAUAGAGCACUACAGUGGUAGAACUGAACUGGUGGGAAGGGCCUCUGAUGGAGACUGCAGCCUGAUGAUCAAUGGAAUGAUAUUAGAGCAUAACGGAGAGGACAUUUACCCCUGGGUGGAUGAGGUCAGCAAGUCUGUCUUUGCCUUCUUUCAGUGGAGGGUGACACUGGAGGUUACAGAUACAGCACCAAGGCCACAGCUGUCGGUCAGUGAAGAGCAGAGGGAAGGGGGCAACAUCACUGUUUCCUGUGCUGUCCUCCACACCUGCCCCUCCUCCCCUCCCUCCCUCUCUUUCGGGGACCAGAGGGGGGUGGUCCAGGGGUACCACACCGAGGAGAUACAGGGUCGAUGGCGCGUCCUCUCCACCAUCUCGUUUGUGGCACGAGCAGAGGAUCAUGAGAAAGUGGUGGCGUGUAACGUGACACAUCCAGGAGGCCAGACAGCUGCAGGGGAGGUGGUGCUCGACGUGAGCUAUGCCCCCAGGUCUGUGAGUGUCUCAGGGGGAAGCACUGUGGUCCAGGUUGGCACUAACCUGUCCCUGUCCUGCGUCAGCGAUGCCAACCCCCCUGCCAGCUCCUACCUGUGGCACUUGCUGAGAGAUGGCCUGGUCAUGCCACUGAACCACAGCACAGAGACCGCUGCGGUUACAGACUUGCACCCAGAUGAGAAUGCGUUCCACUGCACAGCUAUCAACCCUCUGGGGAGGUCCAAGCCCUCCUCUAGUUUUGUGGUCACUGCAGAAUACAAGCCAUCUAUAUUAGCAAACUCCAGCUGCUCCUACCAUGCUGGCCAAGUCAUCUGCAGGUGUCAGGCCCGGGCUCGACCAAGGGCCAAAGUGCUGUGGAUGGUGGAUGGGGGACCCCUGUUCCCUGGCUCUGACCCAACCACCUCCCCCCAGAACCACACGGUGAUGGAUAUCUGGGCUGCAGAGGGCACCUAUGAAAAUGUGUCUGUCACCUGUCUGGUCAACAACACACAUGGCCAUGAUAAGCUUCUCCUGAGUGUAUUUGUGAAAGCACCACCCACCAAUGUGUCCAUCAGCCAGCUCCCAGCCCGGCCUCUGGAGGGAGAAAAGGUCACUCUGUCCUGUCUGGGUCACGGUCACCUCCCAAUCAGUUCCUACAGGUGGUACCGUGUGUCCGGGGAGCAGUCAGUCCUGCUUAGAGAGGAUUCUGGGAGUUUGAGUCUCUCUGUGACCAGAGACGUGGGGCAGUUCCGCUGUUCUGCUCUGAACGAGAUGGGAGAGUGCAGUUCAGACACCACGGCUGUGAACGUUGAGUACGCACCAGCUAUACUUCCCCUCUCCUUCUGUUCUGUGAAUGAUGGGGAGGCGAGGUGUGAGUGUGUGGUGGACUCUCACCCUGUGGCGCAGAUCAUUUGGACACCAUGGAGCAUUCAGGACAAUCAGACUCACAACAUCACUGACCUGCUCAACUGGAGGAUCCUGAGGUCCAUUCUCAUUGGGCCCAAGGUUGAUGACAUGGGUGACGUCCUCUGCAAUUCAACCAAUGAGCAUGGGAGUGCCUUCCUCAAACUCCCAUUCAUUGCAGGUGAAACGUCCGCCCAGCGGUCCCUGUUCUACGGAGGAGUUGGGGGCGCCCUGUUGCUGGUGCUCUCCUUCGCCUCCUUUUUAUUUUGGAGAUUCUACUCCACCAAGAGAAGAGAUUGCCGUGUUGCACUGGAGGAGGUUGAGCUGAAGGGGGCACUGCAGGUGAUACACAAUGAUCCUACUGACUGCCCAGGUAAUACACUCACUCUGAUGGUGUCAGACGAGGACUUCCACAGUAAUGUGUAUGACACCGGGUACAGGGUCCAAGUUUAAAACGGCCGUCUCCUCCUUUGUAUAAUGCUGGGAGGAUAACAUUUGGAGACGGGAGAUAUUAAAAAACACACUAGCACACAGACCAGUAGAUAUGGAAAGAUGUUUAUUAGAACAAGAGGUCAGUGAGAACUGGACUCGGGAACAUCUUUGAAUGCUCAUCGUAGAAUCAUUUCCUGUGUUUGUUUAGGCAGCCCAGAGGCCCGUGUUCACUGGAUUUGAGGUCCAUGAGGCCUGGAGCUAAAUAACUGGGAGACAGACACACAGUCAGUUCUGUUUCACUUCUGUGUUGGUACAGUUCACUGGUGUAUUUAUUUACCAUACCAUUCUUUCUCCUUGAAUUCUGGGCAUGAAUGUUAAUAUUUAAUUAAGCUCCUUAAUGACUGAUCAAACCAUUUUGUCUGACUGUAAGGUAUCUAAUAUACAUGCAUUGCAAUUCUGUGUAAAUAACCAUAUUGUAAUUACUUGGCAACAGAUCAUUUGAAUAAAUGAAAAGUGACCAUCA